AUGUAAAAUUUACCUUAUGAUUAGAAUGUAUGUUUGUUAGAUGUUCAAAUUAGAUACAUCACUUAACGAAUCGAAAAUUAAUGUGAUCAAAUAGAGAAUUAAUAAGAACAAUUAAACGAUCUAAAAAAAACCAUUUCUCAAAAAUUAUUAGAAUUGAAUGAAAUUGAAACAAGAUUAAGUAAGACAGAAAGGAAACAAAAUCUAAAAAUUUAAAAGAGAAUGUCUUUUGAUAACUUUGAGUUUUAAUAGUUGUAUGAAGAAUACAUGCUUGCUAAAAUUAAAAAUACUUAAUUUUAGCAUCAAUUCACUGAAAGUAUGCUCAAAUAAAAAGAAUUGCAACUUCAUAAAAAACACCUACUCAAAAAACUAGAAUUACAUCAUAUGAUUAGUGAAGAAUUAACUAAUUAGAAUAACACUCUAUAAAAAGAAUUAAAAUAAAAAGCUGAUUUUCUCAACAAAUUUGGAUAAUUAGCCCAUAAUAAGAGAAUUAAGAAUGUUACAUCCACCUAAUCAAUGAAAAACUAUAUUUCUAUUUAAUAUGAGGAUUAAUUUGUUGCUAAUCAAAUUAAAACCCUUGAAAUGCACUAUUAAGAUAAUGAAAUCCCAUUUUAAAUUAAAAAUAAUGAAUAAAAUGAGGAUGUAAUCAAGCAAAAAGACACUGAUGAUGAUUUGAGUUUAGAUCUACCAAUUAUUGAAAAUCUCAAAGAUGAAACUAUUAAUAUUGAAUUGAAUUUAGAAUAAUCUGAAAAAGUUAUAUAGAGAACCCUAUAAGAAGAGUUUGAUGAGUGUAUAUCAGAUGAAGAAUAACCAAUAUACUAAAACAGUUCACUUUUUAUUUGA